AUGGCCAACGAAAGAACACACCUACUAAGUAUAUAUGCACCGGAUGUAAGGAAACCGAAAGAAGAAAGGGAAGCUUUUUUUGAUGCCUUGCAAGCUACGUUAGACAAAAUAACCAGUAAAGACAAAGUGUUUAUUAUGGGCGACUUUAACUCAAGAAUUGGAAACACAGUUAUCCCAGGAAUCAUGCAUAGUUUCAACGAAGAAGCAGUGAAUGAUAACGGAGAUAUAUUGAUAGAUGUAUGCACCCUCAACGAAUUACGUAUCAACAACACAUAUUUUGAUCAUAAGGAACAACAAAAGUACACCUUCGCUAACACGAGAGGCCAAAAAUCAACUAUUGACUACAUAAUUACAAACAGGAAAGUCCACCCCUCCCAGAUACUUGACGUACGGGUAUUAACAUCGGCAAAUAUCGGCACACAACACGGUUUAGUAUUGUGUAAAUACCACGUAUCCCACAUAAUAAAGAAAAGAAAAACACCCAACUACGUAUCGAAAUUCAAUAUAGAGUCGCUUAAGGAUGAAAGCAUUAAAUACCUCUAUCAAAACAGACUCCGCGAAAAAAUUGUCCAAAACCCUAUAAAAGAAACCGACAACGUAGAAGCCGCCUGGGAGAAACUAAAGAAUAAAAUAAAGAACAGCGCAAAGGAAUCCCUAGGAAAAAGAACAAUAGACACGAAUAGAACACACAAUAAACCCUGGUUCACUCUAGAAAUUAAGGAACUGGCAAAUGAAAAAAAGAAAGCGUACAUAAAAUACAUUACCAAUAGAACACAGGAAGAAUACGAAGUCUAUAAAAGAGUGAGAAAUAGAACAACCAACACAAUAAAAGAACUGAAAAAAACAUACUGGGAAAAUUUCUCAGUGGAAAUGGAACAUGAUUUGUACGGAGGCCAGAAAAAAAUAUGGAACAUGAUACGAAAAAGGAAGAAACCAAUCAACGAGGAGGUAGUGAUAAAUUUUAUAAAUCAGGAAACAUGGGCAGCACAUUUUGAGAUCAUAUAUGAUAACAACGGAAGCAGGGACGAAGAAGAAAUCGCAAACCCGCCAUCCCCAAACGAACAGGAAGAAACCAUCACAUUAGAAGAAGUACAAACAACCAUAAAAAAACUAAAGAAUAGAAAAUCACCAGAUCUAAAGCAAGCAUUCGAUAGAGUAAAACUCAACGAUAAAAUCCACCGACUAAACCAAAAAGGCGUCAAGAAGCAUUAUACAAAUCUAGUAAGGCAACUUAACAUUAACACUAAAGCAAGAAUAAAAACAGACUGUGGGCUAACAAGAGAACUCAAAGUCUCAUCCGGCAUAAGACAGGGAGAUAGCCUCAGCCCAUGCCUUUUCAACGUGAUAAUGGACCAAAUAAUUGAGAGUGUAAACGAAGUUAAUGCAGGAUUCGAAAUGAAUAACCGUCACCUGAGAAUCCAUUGCUACGCAGAUGACGCUAUACUUAUAGCUGAAAAUGAAGACGAUCUACAACGCCUCCUUCAUAAAUUUAACCUGACGGCACAGAGACUUAACAUGCAAAUCUCAUGCGAGAAAACACAAAGCAUGAUAGUUAAAUCAGUAACUAUCACAUCGUAA